UUGUUGUUUUUAUGUAAACGUCAAAGUCUACAUUUGCGGCGUUCUGCUAAAGUUGGCCGGAAGGGAUAAUUUAGUCGGUGGUUGUUCCAUAAUAAUAAAAAAUAGGAAAAAGUCUGAACUCUCGGCAAGCCAUGCCUCUUCAACGUUACACUCACGCGGUUCUAUGCAGAAUUCCUCUUUCGCUUCGUACGAGAGGCGAGGUCACAUUAGACGAAGCAAGAACGCAACACUUGGCGUUGGCUCAACUUUUACGAGAACUGGACAUCGAUGUUGUCGAAAUGCCGCCAGACGAAAAUUCGCCACUUUGCGUUUUUGUAGAAGACAUCGCGGUUGUUUGCAAUGGCAUCGCGCUUAUAGCUCGACCUAACGAGCCAUCGCGCCUAAAAGAGAUUGAGACAAUUAGAGCUGUUCUAAAGAAGGAAUUGGAGAUUCCACUUAUAGAAAUUGCAGAUAAAAAUGCCCGUCUGGAUGGAGGAGAUGUUUUAUUUACUGGUCGUGAAUUUUUUGUUGGACUCUCUCAUUACACAAAUGAAGCAGGUGCAAGAGCAGUUGCAGCAGCAUUUCCAGAAUACCCCUGUGUACCAAUCAAGGUGGGUGAUGGUGGCGAAGAGGUGAUAGUGGAGAGUCUUACCUCAGCCCCUCUUCAGGUCGCGGAAUCUAAACGUCUCAAAGCUUUAGUUACAAUGGCUGGUCCUGACAUUAUUUGUGUGGGUGCUGGAAAGGAAUCUCAAGAAGUUUUGAAGAGAAUUGAAAGGGAGGCGACGUACGGUUAUCAAACGUUAACUGUGCCUGAAGACGCUGCUGUUAACGUACUUUACGUCAACGGUACGUUGAUUCAUCGAUCUGAAGAUGAAAUUCCACAGUCGAGUAAAGUUUUUGCAGAAAAAAUCGGGUUUCCAACCAGAUCGUUACACAUGUCCGAAUUAGCAAAGGUUAGUUCUGGUUUAACUUCUUGUUGCUUAUUGGUACGUAGACCCAGACACAUUCGCAGUAUUUAAACCAAAAAUGACAUACCUAGCAAAAAUGUUAAAUUGCUAGCGUUGAUUAUUGGUACGAAUCGCAAAACAAAAAGUUUGAAUAUUUCUAAUAGAAAUAUAUUAACAAAAUGCUGUGCAAAAAAAAAACUAUAAUACGUAUAUGACGUAGCAUUUACGUCGCUCUAAAACUUUAACGACUACUUUAACAAACAGAAAAGAUUAUUUUAUAAUUAUUUUAUAAAAAGAUUAUCUUAAUAUAGAAGAGAUUUUAUAAUUAAAAAAGAUUAAUAUAUUUGAUUUCAACGUAUUUACAGAAGAGAUAAUAUAUUGAAACUUUAAUAAUUUACCUAAUUUGUAGACUUAUAUGAUUCAAAGUCAUGGUUUACAUCUUGUCAUUCAUGGAAAAAAAAUUUUUCUAACAUUCCGCAGUUUAAUUUUGACAUAAUAAUUCAGCUUUCACGUAAAAUUCAUUUAGUAUAAAAAUAUGGGAGUGAUUAAUACUGCACAAAAUUUCUUCUUUACAAGAAUGUAUAAUAUUGAAAAAUCGAUUCAUAAAAUAUAUAAGUAAAUCAAAACGAAUUCUUAAGGUAGCACAAAAAGGUAAAGAAAAUCACAAAAUUGAUAAAGUACAAUAACGAUAUACAGUUAAUGUCUUCUACUUUUGAUAUGUUACGUUAUAUAAUUAAAAAACAACAAUUAAAAAUUAAUAAUCAAUAUUCUGAUAUCUUUGAAUGCAUUUGCCACUAGUCUAUAAAAAGUGUUCACCUAAAUAUUCAAAUAGAGCUCUUCUAUAAUUCAAUAAUAUACUAUAAAGUUAAUAAUAUAUAAAAGCACUGAUAGUUAAGAGUUAAUGUGCUGAUUCACAUUAAAGAAAGUUACACAAUUAAGAGUCUACUAAACAGAAAAGACAAGAUUUCUAUGUAAUAAACUUGAUAUUAUAUAUAUAUAUAUAUAAAUGUAUAUAUAUAUUACAGCAAGCUUAAAGUGUUUUGGCAAAUUUACAAUGUCUAUAGAAUAUUAAUACAAUUUACAAUAUCAUGAUGCAGUGGUUUGUUGAUAUUUUUUAAAGUCAUGACAAUAUUUAAGUAAUUUUAUUACAUUUUUAUACAUUUUAAUAUGCACGUUUUCGUGUUAAUUUAAAUGUUUCUUUCGUUUUCAUAAAUUUUCUACUCAUUUUUUUAAUAUAAAAGUAUGGUAAGAACACAGCUGUACGAUCAUGUUCACGAUGUGUAACAUUAGAUUUAGCCGUCAUUCCGUGUAAUUUCAUUGCAAUUUCUCCGAAAUGUAUAAGGCUACAAAGUUGUAAACAAAAUAAAAGAUAUCCACUAGA